AUGUUUGAGAACCUGUGCACUCUGCCCCUGAGUGCUGACAUCUUCACCCAGGCCAUCCACCCAGAUGAGCCUGUGCUGGCCGUGGGCUUGUCGACUGGCCACGUCGAAUGCUUCAGACUACCGGCCUCAGAGCGCAGCUUAGAUGACGACGCUUCAGCUGAUGUCAGCGUCCUGUCCGACGGCAAGGGCACCAUAGACAGCAUUUGGAGAACACGUCGGCACAAGGGCAGCUGUCGAGCGUUGGGAUUCAGCCUCGAUGGGUCUGCUCUCUACUCGGCAGGUUCAGACUCUCUCCUCAAGCACUUCUCCCCCACGACUGGUCAGGUGGUCUCCAAAUUCGCAAUACCCCAGCACAACAACACAUCCGACCCAGCAACCUUGCUACAUGUCCUUUCGCCCGAGACGCUGCUCUUGGGUUGCGACUCGGGAGCUCUGCACCUUCUUGAUCUGCGGGAUCACGCCCUGGUCUCACGCAGACCCCAACAGACACAUCUCCCCCACUCUGACUUCAUCUCGUCGGUCGCACCUCUUCCACCCAGCGAUGCGAGCACCAGCGGUUUCAGCAAGCAGUGGGUCAGCACCGGUGGCACAACUCUGGCUGUGACCGAUAUACGUCGUGGCGUCCUGGUCAGGAGCGACGAUCAAGAGGACGAACUUCUCAGCUCCGCCUUCAUAUCGGGUCUAGGUCCCAAGAAGAACAGAGACAAUGGUAUCGUUGCCGUGGGAACUGGAACCGGCGUGCUUACCUUGUGGGAUAAGGGCGCAUGGGACGACCAGACGGACCGCAUCAUUGUGGACCGAAAUGGGGAGUCUUUGGAUUGCAUGGCGCAACUGCCCGACACCAUCACGUCCGGCAAGAAGCUCGCUAUCGGUGUCGGCGAUGGAACGGUGAGGCUGGUCGACCUGGCCAGACGCGAAGUCGAGGGCACCUUCCAACACGACGAGGUUGAAGCAGUUGUCAGCGUCGUCUUUGACUGCCAGGGACGCAUGAUUACCGGUGGCGGCACUACAGUCAAGGUCUGGGAAGAAGCUGGCAUGGUGGGCGGAGGCGACAGCGAUGAAGACGAGGACGAGGACGAGGACGAAGAUGAUGACGACGAUGGUGAUGAUUCUGAUGGUUCACAAUCCAAAGCAUCGACGAAAGGCAAGCGCCAGGCCGACAGUGACGAAAACUCCGACUCAGAUAGUGAUGACGAAUCACGGAGAAAGGGCAAGAAGAAGCGCAGAAAGGGUAAGGGAGCCCCAGAUCUUGGACCUCACGGUGCCCAUGGUAUUCUGAAAUUCAGCGGACUGUAA